AAUCCGAUUUCCUCCUUAAUGAACAGAGCAUGAUGUCCAAUGGUAGGAGAACUGAGAUCCAGGCCGGAGUCAAGGCUACGCAUUCCCGGACGAUGCAUCCUGGACAAAAGUGGACGGCCGUUACCACGAUUAGGUGAAAACAGAGGUGAAAGUGGCAUGCCUCCAUCGGUGGAAGCUGACGCUCUGGCUGAAGCUGACAAUGCUGGUGGUGAUGGAGGUGUUGCUGGCCCGGACGAGGUUAACUGA